AUGACGUGGAAAGCGCUUGAAAAGAAAAGUGUUGAACCCAUUAAGCCAUACCACCCACCGAUUCCCUUUCCAAAUAGAGUAAGACAAGAUAAGAAUGCUGAAGACUACCAGAAUUUCCUAGAUCACAUCCGAUCCCUUGAAAUCAAUAUUCCAGUCCUUGAAGCCUUAUCUCAAAUGCUAAAGUAUGCAAAGUUCGUUAAAGAUCUCUUAACAAAUCGGACGAAGAUAGGAGAAAUAUCUAAGAUGGGUGAUCUGGGAAGCUUAACACUUCCAUGCCAAUUUGGCAAUCUAGCCAUAAGCCACGCUCUAUCCGAUUCGGGAGGAAGUGUCAAGUUAAUGCCCUAUUCAUUCUUCAAGAAGCUUGACCUCCCGGAACCAAGACCAAUCCGCAUGGCCAUACACUUAACAAACAAAAUGGUGACCUUUCCAAGAGGAAUUUGUGAAGAUUUAUUAGUUAAAGUUGACAAAUUUGUUUUUCCCGCAGAUUUUAUUGUUUUAGACAUAGAUGAAGAUGAACCAGUCCCAAUUAUUCUUGGAAGGCCCAUUUUGAGAACCGCCCGAGCUUUAGUUGAUAUAAGAGAAUCCAAACUCACUCUUCGAGUUGGAGAAGAAGCGGUCACUUUUGGAUUUAAUAGAGAAAUCAAACACUCAAGGAUAAGUGAUUAUAUGGCUAUAUCAAUAGAUGUGUUUGGUGAAAUUUUGGAGAAGGAGCUUGGAGGAUGGAAGGAAAAGGAAACCGAGGGAUACAUGGUUCUACAAGAAGGAGAUUUUGAUGUUGAACAUGAGAUACAAGAGCUAGACAAGCUACUGGAAGAAAGUGAGUAG